ACUGACAGUGUUCGAUGAAAGAAAAAAAAGUACAAAGAUUGCCCCGUAAUCGGAAGCAGCUGGCAGAUUGAUAGGACCAGGUCAAAGAGUUCAUAACAGAAAAGACAGAAAAAGCGCCGUAGUAACAGUAACUGUUACUCUCUGUGUGUUUUGUUUUCAUAUCGGGACUGGGUGUAGUGAAAAAAAAGGAUAACCGUGCAGAAAAUAAAAAACAAUGAAACCGAGAUUAGCCUGUGGCUUAGCGCUGAUGUUGGUGUUGUUGAGCAUUAGCUGGAAGAUCCCCCGGACAUUGGCCCACGCCGACACUGGCAGUAGUGACACCGCCGACGACUAUCACUACGAGGACGAGUAUGAUGAGGAUGACUUCGACUAUAGCUACCCGGACCCAAGCGCGAAAGAAGCCGGAGCUGACAGUGACAAAUCGGCGUUAAGCACGGCCACAACCACCACCAUCAAUAGCAGUACCAAUGCUCCACCGGUUGCCAACAAAACGACAGCCGCACCGUUGUGGAGUGACGAAGAUGACGUUCGUGAAGUCUAUCCAUGUCCGCGGCAAUGUUCGUGCGAGGAUGGAACACAGUUUUUAAAUUGUUCGCGACGGUCACUGACCGAAGUUCCUGAAGAUUUACCGCGAGAUGUUAUUCGGCUGGAUCUUAGUUGGAAUAACAUUAAAAGCAUCCCGGUGGAAGCGUUUCAAAACUGUACGGAUGUGCGGGAGAUCUUGUUGGAUCGGAAUGUCAUCGAGGAAGUUGAUAAGGAUGUCUUUUUCGGACUAGUUCGGUUGGAUGUGGUGAGCUUAGAAGGGAAUCAGAUAUCGCACCUAACGCCGGAUACGUUUGCGGAGGCGCACUCACUGAGGAGGCUAGUGCUCAACGAGAACCCACUGGUCAUUCCCGAUGAUGGAUCGCUACUGGUGCAGGAAGAACUGGAGGAAUUGGAGCUGGCCAAGUGCAAUUUCACCGAGUUAAAUCACCAAACUUUCGGCGGCCUGGAAGGCCUCAAGUCGCUGAAUUUAGCAGGGAAUGAAUUCGAAGAGGAUCUCAGCACUGACGUGUUUGAACCGCUGGUAAACUUGCAACGGUUGCACCUGCCGCCGCUGUCGGAAGACACCGUUCGAGACUUGUGCGACGUGAUCAAAUCGAUCGACGUGGUUGAUAUCACGACGCACAACAUCAGCUGUUUCUAUCUAGCAUCGGAAACCUCCUACGAGGAAAGCAUCAUUACUCCACGUCCAACCACUCCCGAACCGAAACCCGAACCAACAAAAGAUCCAGACGAAAUUAUCGCCGCCACAACGGUAAAGCCACUGAAAAAGGCACUCAUAAAGGAGAACGAAAUCCAUGCGGAUGAUGGAGGGAAAGAAGAGAAAAGUACGGCUGCUCCUGUCACGAGGGUUACUUCUCGAAAAACGACUCUCAGUCCAACAAACAGCGCCAGAGAAACUACCACCCCGCCGGUUACGAGAUCUCCCCCAACGGUCAGUGGACCUUCGUCGGCUUCGAUCACUCAUCCGGCCGGGGACGACGAAGAUGUCAAAAAGGAUCCCACCACCUCGGAUGAGGGCAAAUCCUCUGUGCUGGCUUCGAUUAGCUCGGAAAUGAUGAAGCAACUGUUGAUGGGAAUUAUCGGCGUUGGGGUUCUGCUACUGAUAAUCGGAAUCGUGUGCCGACGGACAGGACUGAAGAACAAACUUUGCGGCUCCAAACGGAGGCCUGCUCCGACGGAUCAGGUUCGACCCGCCGAAGAAGUUCCUCUGAAUAAGGUUUAGCUUAGCGAAUAGGGCGGCAUGUGUUAUAAAAUUUGCCGGAAAGUGUUUGUGUGAUAUUGUUUAAAAGUAUUAGAUUACGACAUUCGUCGUCUGUAGUACACGUGCGAGCCAUUCUUGCGAAACCGUACGCGUUUGACGAACACCACAUCGGAUGACUUUCUGAGAUUUGCUGAGCAAAUACUACGAAACAAGAAACGCAUUUGUAAAUGUUAAUGGAACAAACCGAGGGUUAAAACGGUGUGAGGAAUUAAACAGUUGAUGGCGCAACUGUCCAGGAAUUGCCGCAAUCGUACGGCAUAUUAUGGUAGCAGGUAAAAAUAGCAGUAAAGUAACACGAAUACAUCAUACGCUUUUGUAAAUAUAGUUUGUGAGUGAAUGCGCGCGCGUAAUGAGAAGGUGUUAACGCGAGUGACACAUCGUUCGACUAACUGGUUUCCUGGAAACCGGUGGAGGAACCAGCGAAGUCGGAGGUUGGUGCAAAUGACGUCUGAAAAUGUGAAUAAGCGAUAAACAUGUAACAAGCAAACGGUUGAUAAGUAGGUUGUAAGUAGUAAGGCAUCCAAUCCACACUUAUCUAUAACAUAUAAUAUUGCGAUAAACGUGGAACAUUCCGUUCUAUGGUAGAUAACAACCAAAAUAUCAAAUAGCACCGAACAAAAUGUUGCUUCAUUUUGAAAAUUUAAUCUUGAUUUGUGGCUGCUUCUCGAUAGCAGAUAGCGCGAAAGGGAGUGCUAACAUGAAAAACCCAUUAGUUGAUAAGUAGUUGUGCAUU